AUGGUUCAGCUGACGUUAGUCGAGGAGGCACAACUGACGUAAACUGUUACCCAUUUGCUGAAACACUUUCAAAUAAGACGCUUAAGUAACAGUUUGAAAUCUUUGAAAGGUUUUCUUCGUCUGUAAUUAUUAAGAAAACCUUUCUAAACUCUGAAGGCGCGACUGGAACAAAUUUGUUGUCAAGGAGAAGAAUACGCCGAAAGAAGAAUUGAAGAUAAUGGCGAUAUAUAGGAGAGUUCUGGCUUUGAUAGUUCUACUGUCGCUGAACGUUCUCGAAACACGACAAAAUGGAUUUGUCGAUUUUACUCACCACGACUACGAACAAAUGACGAGUAUUCUAAACGACUUACAUGCGGCUUAUCCCUCUAUAACUCGACUUUUCUCGUUGGGAAAAUCAACAAACAACAGAGAACUGUGGGUUCUCCAAAUAUCAGACAAACCUGAAAUUCACGAGCCUGGCGAGCCAGAAUUUAAAUACAUUGGAAAUAUGCACGGAAACGAAGUAGUGAGUCGAGAAAUUCUUCUCCACUUCAUCGAACACUUGCUUCAGGGAUACAACAAGGAUGAUGAAAUCACAAAUCUAAUUGACACCACAAGGAUAAGUAUCAUGCCUUCCAUGAAUCCCGAUGGCUAUGAGAAAGCGAAAACCGACCGUAGCAAUCGAUGUAGUGGAAUAGUUGGAAGAAGAAAUGCGCAAGAUGUUGAUUUGAAUCGGUAAGUACGAGCUUGAUUAAUUCAUUUUAAUUUUCAGAAUUGACGCGCUCGAAUCGAAGGUAUUUUGGUUUAAUAUCUUUGACUCAAGUCGAUUUGUUUUUGCUUUUAAUGUAGUUUAGGAUUUUCGAAUGAAUAUUUGUACAUUUAUCCAAAGAAUUUGACCAAACAGAUAGUCUUCAGCCUUAAUGCGAAAAACUCUAUGUAAAUUCUAACUAAAAACAUGAAUACUUAACUCAAAUAAAUUGCCAACAUUUCGAAGGUGCUCGCCCGUUGUCCAAUAAUUUUCUCCCUGAAGUUAUCUGGUAUAUUGAUCGCUUUUUAGGCUUUAGUAUCUGAAUGAGUAUUAUCGUUUUGAUUUAAGCGGUUUCUCAAAUUUACAGGGGCCCUUUUCCUUGUGGUUGACAUAUUUAAGGAUUCUUACUCUUUCUUGGAGUUUGUCUUGAGUUAUGGUCAGCAAGCGUUUAGAACUACAUUUGUAUGUUUGUUUAAUAGUCAUCAAAUUUUCUCAGUUAGCUUCUAGUCAUAACUUUUUAUUAUUAUUAUUAUUAUUAUUUGGCUUGCUGUCACAGUCGUAAUUUGGGAGAUUUUUUAGCAAAAAAAUUUGCUUUCAACCUAGGAUAACAGCAUAACCAUAGAAACCUAGGAUAAGGCAAGAAAUGUAUUUUUGAACCUCCGAGCUUUCAAUGUACCUUUGAAUGGACUUAAAAAAAUUUAACGGAUACAAACGCAUUGUUGUAAUUUAAAUGAGGCUUGUUCAAGAUAUUAACCCAGUGCUCUAAGAAAUUUCUCCAAAUCUCCCAACUGGCUUGCAUCUUCUUGUGGAUGUUGAUAAAAUGGUACAAAGGUAUUGUUGCAAUAUAAAUGAAGCCUGUUCAAGAUAGACACUCAUUGCUCUAAGCUCAAGGUUUUUUAAAGUCUCAAGAAAUAAAAUGUUAAGGGUCAGUGGCCAAGAAUCAUAUUUGAAGGAUUACAACUAAACACUUGCACAUCUGUGGGGAGGUAACAACAAGGCCCAAAUGUUUUUCACUAAGAAUUAGAGAAGCAAACUGAUUACUUGCAGGUAUAUGAAUGGGAUUAUCAUAAACACCCAGGCAUGUGUAGCUUAAUUGUCACUGUCAUGUAUGGUUCACAACCUUUCCAUGCUUUUCACAGAAGACAAGGCAGAUUUUUGUAUGUGCAUCUUACAUAGAUUUUAAAGUUUUGGUGUGAAAUUAUUAGACCUAAACAGGUUGAUAAAAAAUGGAGCUUCAUGCUUUGAAAAUACACUAACUGUUUAAUUUUCUUUGUAUGUCACCAGAAACUUUCCAGAUCAGUUCUCUGGGGUUGGUAAAAGGGAACUAGCAACUGAAACUCGUCUUGUCAAGAGCUGGAUUGAUGAAAUACCUUUUGUUCUGUCUGCUAAUCUGCACGGUGGUUCUUUAGUGGCAAAUUACCCUUAUGACAACAGGCAAGAUAAACGAAGUAUAUAUAGUAGGACACCUGAUGAUGAUGUCUUCCGAUCUUUGGCCCUGACAUAUUCUUUGAACCAUCCAAAGAUGCAUCUACCAAGUGCUGCUUGUGAUGGGGAUCAUUUUGAAAAAGGUAAAGUUGCUCAGAGAUCUAAAUACAAAUGCAUUUUCAAAAAUAUUGUUCACUUCUCUCUAUGGAAGGUGUUGUUACUUAUUGUAAGCAUGUAACUGGUCUAGUUUUAACUCUUUAUGCCCUAACAUCACUAUGCAUAUUCUCCAUACUUUCUCUAUACAUUUCUUAAGGUUCUGAAAAGGAGAAUUGUUUAACAAUUAAGAGCUUCUUUAGUUAUUAAUAAUUUUCCUUAUUCUCAUAACCCUUAAUGUUUCAUUCAGGGGUGAUCUUGUAAGGAGAAAUUAGAUGCCAGUCACUCUUAGGGGUUAAAGGGUUAAGCCAUGGCUGGGUCACAGUAUUGAGAUCUGGUGCAAGACACUUCUUUUGCACAGUGCUCCAUCAGCACCCAUAAACAGACAUGGACCCGUGAGACCUGAUUAAAUGCCAGGGGGGUGGGGGUGACUUCAAGAUUGAUUCAAAUCCUGUCAAUACUCUUACCCUGACUUAUUGUUACCUGAAAAAGGAUAAACUCAGCAGGGGUAAGUAAGAAUUGACGUCCACUCUUCUAAUCAUGAACAGCCAGGUUGAAAAUUCUCUGUAUUUUGCCCUCCCUCCACUUGUAUUUCCUGCUUUGAAAACUUUACUGAACGGCUAGUUUCAUGCUCGCAAUCAGGUAUCACCAAUGGCGCGGACUGGUACUCAGUAUCUGGUGGAAUGCAGGAUUACAACUACGUCAACAGUAACAGCUUUGAGUUAACUAUGGAGGUGAGCUGCUGUAAGUUUCCUGAAGCUAGUACCCUUCAAGGGUUUUGGGAAGAUAACAAAAAGUCCUUGCUGGAGUUCCUGAAACGAGUUCAUACUGGUUUGACUGGCUUUGUGAGGGACCAGAAUGGACAAGGUAAGUUGUAUUUAAGUCCACAUGAAAUGAUAUUAGUAUUCGCUUAAGGUUAUACGAGUUCCCAUUUCAAUUAGCCAUGAUGCCAAAUUGUCAAUGUCUUGAAGGAAAAUGACAAUUUUAGAGUCUGAAAGUUGUUCCAAUUUUCUUUCAUAAAAUUUUGUUGAAUUCUGUGGAUAAAAUGCUACGAGGCAUGGCCUGAUGACUUUUUGUUAUGGACAGUGUUCUGAUUACUUUUGUACCUGUGAUAUGAGCACUUAGCAACUUGUGCUCAGUUUUACUUACCAUAUUUAAUACAUUUAUAUAUGUUUGCAUUUCAAAGACUUUGUAAUUUUAAGCAUAGAAAUCCACUUUGCUUUUAGGAAUCAAAGGAGCUGACAUAAAUAUUUACCCUCGCAAUCAUCCAGUGAGAAGUGCCAGAGAUGGAGAUUACUGGCGUCUGCUUCUUCCUGGUGUUUACAAGGUGACAGUUUCGAAGCGUGGCUAUCAUCCAGUGGAGAAGAUUGUCGCAAUUUCCAAAGGACCAGCAACAAAAGAAAACUUUGUUCUGGAAAGUAAUGGCCAGGCUAUGGAUGAGGCAGGCACAACACUGGAGGAAGUUGUACCAGAUGAGGAGAAGAAGAAGCAUGUACCAGUUUCAUUGGUUGUUGGGUUAACAGUUGUUUGCCUAAUUUCAUUGCUGUUAGCAUUAGUUCUUGCUAUCUUGAUCACCAAGAAAUAUCGUCAGAAAGAGAAUGUCCAAGGAGAAUACUCUCAAGUCCACACUGAUCCAUGAAGAAGAUUUAAUGGUAAAGUAAACUGUAGAAUCGAAUGACAAGAUUUGUUUCACAUACUGUAUUUUCACUUUUAAAUGCCAACAGAGUAUUGCAUGUCAUUUGUUAUUUAGGCACAGCUGUGUCAUGCUGUAAUACCUCAACCUGGCUAAAAUUUGUCAAACAGAUUGUUUAGGAGUGUUUUUAUAACAUUACUGCAACUAUUACUUUAAGACAGAGUGAAUGUUGUCAAAUGAUGCAUCUUAAUUUUCAACUACUUUUUCUCCUAUUUCAGUAAAUUUUUCUUUUGAAACAAAUGAAAAGCGUUGUUUGAGAAUUCAAAAACCUUGAAAACAUUUUUCCUAUGUAAUUUUUUUUCAUUUGACAUCUUGCAGUGUGAUUGGUCACAACACUACAAACAUUUGUGAAAUUAUUUUUUGGUGUUUAAAGUUUUCUGAGUCUCACAGUAAAAAUAGUUACCUCAGUGGUUAAUCAUGUGUAUGAUAAUUAUUAAUAGAAAUGUUUGGCCAAUCACAGCUGGUAUAUUUAUACACAGUCUAUACAGGACUUGAAGACACAGUAUUUAAUCAAGAAAAUUUAGUUCAAUCAAAUUUCAAAAAAAGGCAUCCAAAUUUUUAUUUUCUUAAGUCAUUUUAAUCAUAAGUUACUCAGCUUCCUGUUUUAUUGUAAUUUUGAAAUUGAUUUUUAGUUUGAAUUUACUGUUUUCUAACAGUCAUAUUAUUCACAGAAUUUAUUUAUCACAGGUGUUUGGACAUUUGAUUGGUUAGCCUAAAGCCUGAAAAGCAACUGAAUUUAGUAAAUGUUGGUUCAAAACACAAGUUCAAGGAAAGCUUUAGGAAUAUUUUUUUUCAACUACAGUAUUUGAAGUUAGUUAGGAAUUAGUUUUUCUUAUGAUUUACAUCAGAAUUCAUAAUUUAGUGAAGAAAGGCAUGGAUUGUAUUUACUGAAUAAUUUUUUCUUGAUAUUGUUUAUUUUUAUGAAUACCAAGAGUUUCGUGUGUAAGAUAAAAGGACAGUGAUUAACAGAGUAUCUUUGCACCCCUCAGUUAUGAAAUUGGUGACAGUUUUUUACACCCUUUUGGUCUUAGUCUGGAAGUGUCAAGUUGGGAUGAAAUGAGAAUAAUUGUACUUCUUCUUCUGUGGAUAGUAAACCUACAUGAAUAUUACUCAGUUCAUUGGCAGUCUAUAAAUCAUUGUUCCUUCUCAGUUUUUUUUUUCUGCUCUUCAAUACCAAGACCAAGAGGGAGUGUUUAUGUCUUUUAAGUAGUAUUCUAAGAGCUUCCAUUUGACAGCAUCUUUGUAGAAAAGGUGCAUUGACUUUUUGUUUGGUUACUAUUGGAAACUGAUACUUGAGGAUGGUAACUCAUGAUGGAAAUCUUAUCUAAAUCUAAAAGAAGUGAAUCUGAGGUAUUCGCACAUGUUGAAAAAAGUGUGUAACCAGAAGUAGAGAUAGAAUGAAGAAAUGAAAUAAAGUUGUAAACUGCAUUCCUUUUUUUUCAUGAGUAAAGUGUUGGGGUUGAGCGCCUUACCCACACAGUUCUGCGUCGGGGAUACCUCCAAAAGUUGUUUCCAAACAUCUUGGAGCAGUAAAUUAAGAAUUGAGGUAUUUUGUUGCAAAUUAUUGCGUAUUCUGAUCAAAGAAUACCUUUGGCCAACUUGUAGAUAAAGUAUUCUAGAGUAGAAACAUGUUUGUGAACUUGCAAAUAGAAGUCAUGUUGCAAAACUUGCUUGUAAAAUAUUAAAGUGAC